AUGCCCACAACUCAAGCAAAGAAAGUGAAGAUGGCCACCAAAUCGUGCACCAAGUGCGACCAACAGGUUCCCGUUGCAUGUAAAUCAUGUCCCUGUGGUUACAUAUUUAUUAGCAGAAAACUUUUAAAUGCAAAACACUCAGAGAAGUUACCACCUUCUACAGAACCACUUAAUAGGCAGUGAUGAGUACUUCUGCAGGAGGCACUUCAAGUCUGCUUGCCUUUCAUGGAGCAAUGUUGGCAGCUGUUGAUGUUUAACGCUUAGCUCCUUUACUUCACUGCAGAAAACAAGCAUGAGGCCAAGAGGAGGCGAACAGAGAGAGUUAGAAGAGAGAAGAUAAAUUCUACAGUAAAUAAAGAUUUAGAAAACAGAAAGAGAUCUCCAAGUAACAGCCAUUCAGAUCAUAUCAGUUGAGGAAGAGGAAGACCUAAAAGUGCAUCUGCUAAAAAACAUGAAGAAGAAAGAGAGAAACAAGAAAAGGAAGUUGAUAUCUACGCUAACCUCUCUGAUGAAAAGGCUUUUGUGUUUUCAGUCGCCUUGGCAGAAAUAAAUAAAAAAAUUAUCAAUCAAAGACUUAUCCUCUGAUACUUGUCUGCAACACGUGUUGAAACUUUCUUCAGGAUUGCAUCAGUGAGUUCUUAAACAGGAUAGAUUCUGAGGAGCAUCUGGCUGCAUAAGAAAGGCCAUUGAUCAUCUUUUUCCCUGUCAUUUAACCUGUGUCACACUUGGAGAGCAAAGCUGUGGGCUUGGUGGACUCUUCUGGGAUUUCCUUGUUUACCAAGGAGUAUUGUCAGUGUUUUGUGUUUGGGAUAUAAAAGCAAGUAUAUUUACGAAGAAAAAGCUGACUGGAUAUUAAAGGAUAAAAAAGGUUAAGGGUGGGGGCAGAGGUGUGAAAACUAGGAAAAAUAAAAUGCUUGAUGCUUUUCAGCUUUGCCACCAGAGAUGCAAUAUUUUAAAUAACUGUCAAAGACUUUUUAAAAAUAUGUAUUUCAGCUUUUCAGCCCAACAGAUUGCAUAUAUAUAGUUCAUUUACUUUUAGUAAAUUGGCAAUUAAUGUUUUAUUGAAUGGGGAAUUAAGAAUAUAAAUUGUAAAUUUUAUCUAAAUUGGUUUUUUUCUUGGCCUUUAUUUUUAUGACUUAAGGUAUGAGUUAUAUUUUAGGAGGUAACUUUCUAGACAGUUUAGAGUUUUGGGUGCUAUUUGAAGAAAAACAUUUAAGGAUAUAUCAUACUUCAGAUAUAAACACCUUGUUUUUUCUUGAAUAUAACUUAUUGGUUAAAAGAAAAUUUUUCUGCUCUCAAGAUGGUGCCUGUUAACCUAAACGUAAAGUAUAUUUAUUACAUGCAAAAUAUUUCUUAGUCACUUUUAAGCAGUAAUGUUUUAUCGGAAUGGAUAUUCAUUUAUACCUCCCAAUAAUUAUUUAAAUUGUUACUUAAUCUCACUCUGGAAGAAAAAAAUAAACCUUAAUACUGAAACUAA